UUUCUUUCGAUUUCGAAAAAGCUUUCGACCGUGUACCACACGAAAUUCUACUGAGAAAACUAUCUUUGGCCGGUAUUUCUGGUCCUCUACUUGACUGGCUCAAGUCAUAUCUGUCAUUAAACAUUUGUUAAACAAACAAACAGUUGAACAUGAACUCGUCGUACCAUUACCAGUACGUCUGGCGUUAAUUUCUUUUCCUUUUUCACCUUCUUUUCCUUAUUUGACCGUGUUCAUUAUUCAAAAUUGACCUAAUAGAAAAAGACAGGGGAAACAUACUCAUCCUUGUUCCGUCCGCUGUGUAAGCUGUUACUCAAAACAAUUUAUAUAUAUAUAUCGUAUACAUGUGUAUUGCUCAUUCUGAACGACUAUACUACUAUGGCUGAAAAAAUAAAGGUAAAAAUAUCUUUUUACAUAAUCUAAGUCUAUUUUUUCAGCCACACAGAUAUUGUCGUCAAUAAUAAGCAACGAGCAUGUAUACGAUAUGGGACAUAUACAUCGUAUAGGGUCAGGGCUAGAGCCGGUUGAUUCCCAAAUUUUUAAAUCCGGAUCCGAAUUCUAUCGUACUCUUGAUACUCAAAGUUUUUUAAUCCGCAUCUGCUAGUUGCUCCGAAACGUACCUAACACAUUUCUCAAGCAAUAUGGACGCUGAUCUUAUAUAGAGGCCACGAUCUUCAAGUAACAAAAGUUUUUCUGUCGAAAUCACGUCUGAGGAAAGCCAUCCUAGCGUCGACAGCUCGUACUAAGACAAAACUAAUUUUACUUUGUUUUAGGAUGAACAAGAUAUUAGUCAACGAUGGGAAGAAUAUGGCAAAAAGAUAUUGGCAUUAUUAAAAGCGGGUAUAACUAUUGACCCUCAAAUGGGAAAACUGAUCGCCGAAGAGUACGGAGUUCCUCUCGAGGAAUAA